UUGAGUCAGAUUUAACUUUCUCUCCUUUCACUUUGCUCUCUCCUGCCAGUGGAAACCUGGCACUAGUUUGUUUCUAUUUUUCCUGCUAAAUAAGAAAUAUCUAGAAUUUCACAGAACAGAAAAUGUGAUUUCUUGCUUUUAUCUUGGCACAAUAACCAAUUUAAUCCACGAUUCCGGCAAGGAGACACACACGCGUAUUGACUUUUUGUGUGGGGAUUAUAUUGGUUUAUAAGUGGAUGCAAUAACACGAUGAAUUAUUUUCCGUCUUUGCCAUUUCGUUAGAAUAAGAUUAUUUGGUUCAACAAUCAAUUGAAUCGACGAAAACCUCAAUAUACGUACGCUGUAAAUAAGAGCUUGUGGAGAAAGUUUGGCACAUAGCACAGCUUCAAUUGCCGACGAGUCCAGAACAAUCAGUAUGGGUUACUGUUGGCCCUGUUCGACUUUAAAUGGAGGCGUUUAUUUUGCUGCGAGUGCUCACAUCUGCGUCGGGUUUUUCAUGACGGGCUAUUUAAUUUAUUACCAUCUCCUGAGCAUCGCUAAUUACUAUUCCAACGGGGUCGCAGCAACCACGGAUGGGUUUUUCACGAUCUGCUUGAUAUACUCGAUACUGGUGCUGAUCCUUGGGCUUUGCAUUUUCAAUGGGAUUGAGCAGAAAAAGAGUGGAAUGUUGAAAGUCUCAACGAUUUUGUUUGGAAUUCUCCACGGCGUGAUAUUUCUGCGGGUGAUUUACGUCAUCAUGUCGGAGCUAAUUAUGACCCUGGUGAAUUCGGGGACUACUUCCUCGUACGGCGGGAAGGGGGACAGUUCUUCCUUUGGAAUCAUAUUCUUCACAUUCUUGUUCUUCACCACGGUCAUCUACUUGGCAAUCCUCACCAUCUACAUCCGAGAUCUUCAACAAGCCAACAGUUCUGGAAACAUUUUUAGCCAAAUUCAACUCGGUGCUGGAGGCGGAGACGGAAAUCCUCUCUACGCGUACAAUACCGUACAUUGCCACCCGUAAUUAAUAAUAUUUGUUUUACCUGAUUGGAGAACUUGACCUAUUUGUACACACGUGUUUUUCGCGUCUGUCUUUUAAAUGCCACGCGGGUGAAAUUACUUAUUAUUACUUACGGACAUUUCUUAUGGUUUAAAAUUGUAACAAUUAUAUGUAUUUAGGUUUCUAGUGUCGGUUGUAAAUCUAAGUACUAAAUAGUAGUAAAUAUUACUAAAUAUUAGUAGUAUUUAGAAAUCCUAACGGACUCAAUAUUUUCAAUAUGGCUUAUUUCGUUUAAUGAGUACUUAGCUGUUUUAGUGCGUCGAUUUAUCCCGGAACCCUAUCUACAUACAUAUAUAAAUAUCACUAUAGACAUACUUUCUGUACAAGAUUCAUUGAGAUUGAAACGCAUACUUACAUGUAAAUAUAUAGAUAAAUAUAAAUAUAUACAUAAAUCGUGUCAUAGUUCGCCGUUAGUUUAUUGUAGCCGUGAAGACUGUACUUGUGCAGAGAGAAAGUAACAGAAAUAAACCUUAAUUUUAGAUGGGUAUUAACCUCAGA